AUGGUUAAAGAAACUAAAUUUUACGAUAUUCUAGGCGUUUCUGUCACCGCCACCGAUGUCGAAAUCAAGAAAGCUUAUAGAAAGUGCGCGCUAAAAUUCCAUCCAGAUAAGAACCCAAGUGAAGAAGCUGCUGAAAAAUUUAAAGAAGCUUCAUCUGCAUAUGAAAUCCUAUCAGAUUCUGAAAAGAGAGAGGUAUAUGACCAAUAUGGUGAAGAUGGCCUAAGCGGUGCCGGUGGUGCCGGUGGUUUCCCAGGUGGUGGCUUCGGUUUCGGUGACGAUAUCUUUUCACAAUUCUUCGGUGCUGGUGGUGCUCAAAGACCAAAGGGUCCUCAAAGAGGAAGAGAUAUUAAACAUGAAAUUUCUGCUUCUCUUGAAGAAUUAUAUAAGGGUAGAACCGCUAAGCUGGCUUUGAACAAACAAAUUCUAUGUAAAGAAUGUGAGGGUCGUGGUGGUAAGAAAGGUGCUGUCAAGAAAUGUACUGGCUGUAAUGGUCAAGGUAUUAAAUUCGUGACAAGACAAAUGGGCCCAAUGAUUCAAAGAUUCCAAACAGAGUGUGACACUUGUCAUGGUACUGGUGAUAUCGUUGAUCCAAAGGACCGUUGUAAAUCCUGUAACGGUAAGAAAAUCGAAAACGAAAGAAAGAUCUUGGAAGUUCAUGUUGAGCCAGGUAUGAAGGACGGCCAAAAAAUCGUCUUCAAGGGUGAAGCAGACCAAGCUCCAGAUGUCAUCCCAGGUGAUGUUGUCUUCCUAGUCUCCGAGAGACCACACAAGCAUUUCAAGAGAGAUGGUGAUGAUUUAGUAUAUGAGGCCGAAAUUGAUCUAUUAACUGCUAUCGCUGGUGGUGAAUUCGCCUUGGAACAUGUUUCUGGUGACUGGUUGAAAGUGGCCAUUGUCCCAGGUGAAGUCAUUGCCCCAGGUAUGCGUAAGGUCAUUGAAGGUAAAGGUAUGCCAGUUCCAAAAUACGGCGGUUAUGGUAACUUGAUCGUUAAGUUCACCAUCAAGUUCCCAGAAAAUCAUUUCACAACUGAAGAAAACUUGAAACAACUAGAACAAAUUCUACCUCCAAGAGCCACUCCAACUAUUCCAAAGAAGGCUACGGUAGACGAAUGUGUACUCGCAGACUUUGACCCAGCUAAAUACAACAGAACACGUGCUUCUAGAGGUGGGGCACAUUAUGAUUCAGAUGAAGAAGAACAAGGUGGUGAAGGUGUUCAAUGUGCAUCUCAAUGA